AGCCACCACAGAAACACAAGCAACCAAAUCAUCCAAUAAGUAGUUAUAACAGCACUCAUGUCCAAACCAACAUUUGUCCUUGUCCCAGGUGCUUGGCACAGUCCCGAUAUCUACUCAGCUGUCACCGCCAUUCUUUCCAAACAUGGGUUUUCAGCCAUGGGAGUAGCUUUACCAUCCGUUGGUGCUAUACCACUACAUGCCGAUUUCAGGGAAGAUGUUGCGGCUAUUCGAAAAUGUCUGACCGCGCUCAUUUCAGAUGAGAAGGAUGUCGUUCUAGUCGUACAUUCAUAUUCCGGUCUUCCCGGUGGCGAAGCUCCAAUUGGUGUUGGAAAGAUAGAACGUGAAGCAAAAGGCCUAAAGGGCCUAAAGGGAGGUUUUAUAAGAUAUGUGGUGAUAAAUGGAUUUGCGACCCCAGCCGGGUUCCAGCCAAAUCCGAAAGGAGACUUCAGUCAAUUUCCAGAAUGGAUGAAGUUUGACCAUGAGGUGAGGCAAUCCGCGAAUGCACGCUGUUGACACAUAUUUUAGCCUUUAGAGCAUUUAGACGGAACUAUUUCAGUCAGCUAACAACUGCCUAGGAUGCAACUGUCUCGGUACCACAUGCUGAUGAUGCUAAAAAGGUCUUCUACAACGACAUGUCGUCAUCAGAAGGAGAUGAACUAGCUGUGAAACUUGUCUUUCAAAGCAGUGGGGUUUACUUCAGUACGGCAACCUACGCAGCCUGGACAGCUAUUCCGUCAACCUAUCUCAUGGGUGAACAAGAUGAGACUGCAUUUUCACCUCCGAUGGUAGAGAUGAUGCUUCAAGGUGCUCGACAAGCGGAGCCGAGUGCAUUUGAUGUUGUUGAAAAAUGUAAGGAGGGUGGCCACUGUCUUAUGAUCAGUUUCCCUGAAUGGACAGCAGAUGCGUUGAUAAGAGCAGCAGGAGUUUAGGUCGA